AUGGCCGACUCGUUGACUGAAGAACAAGUCUCCGAAUUCAAGGAGGCGUUCUCACUAUUCGACAAAGACGGCGAUGGCCAAAUCACAACCAAGGAGCUGGGCACGGUGAUGCGAUCUCUGGGUCAAAAUCCUUCCGAAUCCGAAUUGCAGGACAUGAUCAAUGAAGUGGAUGCAGACAACAAUGGCACCAUUGAUUUCCCAGAAUUCCUCACGAUGAUGGCUCGCAAGAUGAAAGAUACAGACUCCGAGGAAGAAAUCCGAGAGGCUUUCAAGGUGUUUGAUCGCGACAACAAUGGCUUCAUCUCGGCCGCUGAGCUGCGCCACGUCAUGACCUCCAUUGGGGAAAAGCUCACAGAUGACGAAGUCGAUGAGAUGAUUCGGGAGGCCGAUCAGGACGGUGAUGGACGUAUUGACUUUGAUGAUGCAGAAAUGAGCGAUGACGAGGAUGCGGGCAAACGCACGGCGCAAAGCGGUUGA